AUGCCAAAGGACGCCCCUAGAGUGCGGGCUCAUGGGAAGUCAUCACCCCAAGAGCUAGAGAAGCGUGCAGCAGCACCACCAGCGCCAGCAAAGAAUGGCAAGAACAAUGAAAAGAAAGACAAGAAGGCGAAGAAAGACAAGAAGGAGAAGAGGGACAAGAACCUUGAAGAUGAGGCGACGCAGAAGAAGAACGAGAAGAAUCCUGGGAAAGGAGUUGGUGAGAAGAAAAAGGCGAAGAGGAAGGUUACUUUUGCGGACGAUGAAGAAGGGAAAGCUUCAGAGAGCAAGAAGAAAAAGACAGAUAAGGCAAGCAAGGAGGAGAAGACAAAGAAAGAGGAAGGAGGCAAGCGGAAAAAGAAGGAAGACGCAGAGGCAAAGGAAUCAAAAACGUCCAAGAUGGAAAGUGAGGAGCAGGGAAAGAAAACCAAGAAGCAGAAGAAGGCGGAAAGUGCUGCCAAGAAGAAGGAAGAAAAGGAAGUUGAAGCGGCGUCGCAGGCAGACAAGAAGGGGGUAAAAGAGAAGAAGGCAAAAGCCAAGCCAGAGGAGAAGGUGGCGAAGGAGAAGAAGAAAGAGAAGCCAGGGGAGGAGGAGGUAGCAGAGCAGAAGAAGAAAGAGAAGAAACAGAAGCCAGAGGAGGAGAAGCACAAGACGGCUGAAGCAACAAAGGCUGGCAUGGACUUGGUCGAUUAUCUCACUCAGCAGUCGGAGGAGCAAAUCGACCAACAGGUUGAAGAUCACGUGAAAGAGCUUCAGGCGCAGUAUGAGAAAGCCAUGGAGGAACAGGACAAAGCGUUUCAGGAAGCAUUGAAAGAGACAGAAGAAGCUCAAGCUGAAAAGGAAAACGAAUCCAAGGGCGGUUCUAAAACGGACUGCGAUGAUUCAGAAGAGGAGGAGGGAAAAGAUGAAGAAGAGGAGGAGGAAAAAGAAGAGGAUGAGGAUACUGAAGGGGAGGAGGAUGAGGCAGAAGAAGAGGAAGGAGAAUCCGAAGAUGAAGACGAGGAAGAUGAGGGCUCGUCAUCGGAUACUGAAAGCUCCAGCGAUGAAGAGAAUGAAGAAGAAGAAGAAGAGGACAAAGCAGGAGGUGAGAAGGAUGAGAAGAUUAAGGGGAUCUUGAAAACGGCAAGGACAGCUGAAGAUCUGGCAAAGCUGGUGGUAGAUGGCAAAGCCAACAGCGUGACCCACAAGAAGCAGUGGGACACGUUUUCUCGCCAGAUCUUAGACCGGAAAAAGUUUCCGGCGAGUCUGGCAAGCCAUGUCUUGAAGGGGAGAACUGAUGUCUUCAAUGCUUGGUUGCAAUGCAGCCAAGACUGGUCGAAGGUGGAGCUGGCCUACACGCGCAAGUCUUCUGACAUCAGGGAGGUCAAGCGUGGUAGGGGGGGCUUGAAAAAGAGAGACAUCUUGCUGAAGUACCCCUCACCAAAGGGCGAAGACCUUUGCAAGAGACUGCGGGAACGCGGUCUGUGGGAAUGGGACGAAGACUUCCCUCAAGACGAGGAGGAGCCUCAAGAGUUUCGAACAACAUGGACCAUGGAACAUGAGAUCUACUAUCUUUGUGGGCAUGGAAGCGAGGUCACCGCCAAGUCAAAAGUCGAAGAGUCAGUGGCAGCCAAGAUCAAGGACAAAGCGCCAGAAGAAGAGGUCUUUUUGGCACUCACUGGAGAAAGUGGACCUUUGGCUGCCGGCGCAUUGCCAUCCAUCGGCAAUGUUUCAGCUGAGGGUGAAAAGGCUAUCUACCAAUCUCUUUGUGGGGAAGUGGCAAAGCCGAAGACAGCACCAAAACCAAAAAAGACAGAGGGAGAAGCAACAGAGGUCAAGCCUGCUACCCCACAAGAGCAAGCACAAGCUAGUUUACAAGAAGUGUUCAAACAAGCGACUGAGGCCAGAAAGCAUGCCCUGCAGCUAAAGCAGUUCAGCUACUCUGGCGAGCUUGUUGAGCAGCUCAUGGGAUUUUCCACCGCUAUGGAAACCAUUUUUGAGAAGGUGACAGAGCUUCAAAACAAGAAUGUGGUGGAGGACAAACCCUACAUCGAACAGAACCAGUUGAUCGCAGCAAAGUUGGCAUGGUACAAGAGCGCUGAGGCGGCUGCAAAAAGCUUGCAGAGUGGCCUCAAACCAAAGAAGGGCAAGAAGUCCAAGGAAAAGGAGGACGGCAAAGGUCGACCUGAGAAAGCCGUUGCCGAUGGCAAGAAGUGA